CAUCGCUCGGCCAGCGGCUGCUCCCCCUGGUUGCCAGGCGGGCCCGGACGCGCCGCCCGGAUCCCGCUUCCCGAUCCCGGCCCGGCCGGACGCGGCCUCCUGACCCCCCCCAUGGAGGGGGACAAGAGAAGAACCAAAGAAGAUACUUGGAAAUCAGAAGAACUUAGGAAACAUCUUAAGGCAUCACAACCAGAUAGUCAAAAUGAAGACCAAAAGCACAGAGAAAAGAAACUGCAGAAAGAUAGGUCUGCUCUUGACACAGACACUCAUAAACAUGAACGAAAAGACAGAGGGAAGAGCAAGGAAAGAACACGAGAGAGAGAGAGGCUUAAAUCUAGUGAGAGAGACAGGGAUAAAAUGAGAGAGAGAGAAAGGGGAAAAGAGCACCUGAGAGGAGAUGGAGAGAGAUGCAGAGAUAAGCUUCAAGAGCCACAUUUGGAGAAGGAAAGAUACAGUGUACCCAAACAUAAAGAUAGGGAGAGUGAUAGAGAAGGAGACAAAAAGCAUAAGAGACAUGAGAUAAAGCAAAUAGAUACACAAAAUAAUCUGAAAUCAUUUGAAGGAGGACAUAAAGAACAUCACAGAAGAAGAGAAGGCAGGCAUCGUUUGGAGGAGGAAAAAACAAGAAGUGAAGAGCAAGAAAGAAGGCAUAAAGAAAAGAAGGAUAAUGAUGCAAGAAGGAAAAUUGACAAAUUUUUAGCCUACAAAGUUGAAGGUGAACGUGUACACAAGUUAGAGAAAGAUCAAGAGUUGGAUAGAGAGGGUGAAAGAAAACAUAGAGAAAAAAAAGAACAUUCUGUUGGGCCAGAAAAAGAGAGGCUUUCAAAAGAGAGAAGUCAUAAACGGUAUGGAAAGGAAGAGGAAGAAAAACAUAAAUCAAGGAGGUCUAAAGAGGGAUCUUCCCAUGGAGACAGAGAAGGACAAGCAGCAGAAGUUAAUGAGAGAAUAAAAAGCAGAGACAAUGAAAGAAAGAAGCAUGAUCUAAGGACCAGCGAAUACAAAAAGGAGGAGAGGAUUCAAGAGGAAACAAGCCAUCAGCAUGUAAGGACUGUAAAAGAUAAGGGAAAACUCAUUGAAAAAGAGGAAAAGGACACAAGCCAAGAGGAUUAUGAAGAUGAUUUUGAAGAUGAUGAAGACAAAAGUGGUGAAGAAAGAGAUGCAGAAGAAAACCUAAGGGAGAUUCCUUUUUCCAGAACAUCAGAAAUAGAAGAAAUUCAAAGAGCAAUUAGUGCAGAAAAUGAUAGAAUUUUUAAUUCACCGCUGAAGAAACUUGAAGAUGAAAAAAAGGAACCAAUCAUGGAAAACCAAUCAGAAACUGUCAGAAACUCUUUUUGUGGAAUAUUCAUGGAUUUUCAAAUGGCAAACCAACGACAAAGUAGUCGAAGUAUGGCCAGUAAACAGAAAAAACGGAGUUCAGAACUUCUCCCACUAAUUGACCUGGAUUUCUCAGUUAGUUUUUCAUUACUGGAUUUGCCCCCUGUAAAUGAGUACGACAUGUAUAUCAGGAAUUUUGGUAAAAUGAACACUAAGCAGGCGUACGUUCAGUGUAACGAGGACAAUCUGGAUAGAGACAUUCAGACUGAGGAAGUUGAGACAUUGGAGAAAUGGACACAGCAUCCAGGAGAAAGUUCUCUUGUGUCUGGAGGUCCCAGAAACAGCCAGGAUAUGUCAGUGACUGGAGUUCUAACACCUAAAAGUGAUUCACAAAGAUUAGCAAAUUUCCUUCGGUCUGCCUGUCAGGUGAUUGCUGUUUUGCUAGAGGAAGAUCAAGUUGCAACACAACCCAGGAAACUAAGAUCUCGACAAACCAGUCUGUCUAUUAGUGAUAGCUGUUUCCAGUUAAAUACUAACCAGCCAUUCCUCCAUGACCGAAAAAUAUCCUGCCUAUAUGUCUCUCAAGUUCAGAGGCAGACACUACUUUCUGUUCAUGGAUUACCUGAGAAGGCAGGUGUGGACUUACUGAACAGAAAGAGCCUCAUAUGUGUUUGGAACAUCUGGCAGCCCUCCAGUCCUCAGAAAGUUUUAAUAUGUGACUCAGAGGUGAUGUGUUGCUGCUUUAGCCCCAGUAAAACAACAUUAGUUUUUGCUGGAACAAUAGAUGGUUCAUUGUUGGUCUGGGAUCUUCGAGAAGACUCAAGAAUGCACCCCCAUAUGAUGAUGAGUGGAACUGACUGGACAUUUAGAGUUCCAACAUUUUCCACUGAUGGCAUUCUAAACUCAGUAAACCACACCUCUCCUGUACUUGCAGUGGAACCAGUCUCAACCUCUCUUGACACUGAUCACAGUUAUGGGCUCUCAGGCCUCUCCUAUCAGGAGGAAGUGUCAGGCCCUCCAUUUCAGAUAGCUUCAAUGGAUGAAAAUGGAAUCCUCAAUAUGUGGGUAGUUGUUGAAUUACAAAAAGUGGAUUUAGCUGGUUCACAAACUGAUUUAGGUUUAGUUCCUGGAGGGAAAGUGAAGUUAGUACAUAGCUCAACUAUGGAAUUGAAUAGCAGCCUUUUCCCAAAGGAUAUUCGCCAGAGAAUGCCACAGACACUGACCAUUAAAUUUCUGUCUUCUAAUCCUAAUCAUUUCAUUGUUGGAACAAACAUAGGUCUGGUAGGCCAUGGUACAAGACAUGGUUUAAAAGUUGUUCCAAAGCUAUUCAGGCCCCAGGAGAGUGGACUGAGAUCAAUAAGCAUCACUGCAAUUGAUUUCUUCCCUUUUGGAAAGCCACUAUUUUUGGUUGGCUGUUCUGAUGGAAGCAUUAGAUUACAUCAGAUGACAUCAGAGUAUCCUGUCAUGCAGUGGAAUGACAGCACAAAUGGCCAGCCCAUUAUUGCCCUGCAGUGGGCUUUAACAAGACCUGCUGUGUUCUUUGCCCUCGAUGCAUCAUCUAAUAUUUACAUUUGGGAUCUUCUGGAAAAUGAUUUGUUGCCUGUGGCAAAGGAGACUAUUCCAUCAGAGAAGGUUGUAGCUAUGGCUCUGCUGGGAGAACCAGAAAAAGCAAAUGGAUUGUUGGGCAUUGUGCUGGCCAAGGAACCUGGCCAGAUAGACAUUCAGUAUGUGAAGAAGAAGUGGGCAUCACCUCAGCCUAAAGAAUCUGACAAACUGCAUUCUAUUUUAUUGCAGUCUUUUUAGAAAGAGAGUUGUACAAUUUAUUGCAAAAUUUCUAGAUUAUUUUUGUCUGCAAAUAAAAUAUUUGUAAUUUUGCAUUUGUAUAUAACUUGUAUAUACUUUAAAGAAUAUCAAUACAAUAUUUCAAUGGAAACAAUAUAUUUUAUCAUAAAAAUGUCAGAAUAAAACUUACCAUUAUUGUACUCAAAAA